UACAAAUACACACACAAAAUCAUAUGUACACAAAUACUGACAACAUAUGCAUCACAUCCAAGCCUGAAAUCACCUUGGAAAUCACCUAAAGGGACAACAGAGGGCAUAAAGACAGGGCCCAGACUGUGCUGACACAGAAUCCUGGGGGCCUGAGGUGAGGAGGCAGGUUGGCCGGCUGGUUUGUAACUCCCAGAUCCACUGGCCGCACAGCGCUCCAGUCAUCACCAGCAGGUGAAGGACUCAUUCACAGAGAUUUACCCACACACUGGAUGUUGUCAUUUCUUCUCUGAGCUGCGUGAUUUUUAACAAGAGGUGGGAUAGCACUGACAUUCUCCACCAAACAUCAUGGACCAGGAGGAUGACAAAAACUCGGUGGAUUUCCAUGACAACCCUCCAGCUCCUGACAACGUAGUGAGAGAGGACGGAGAUACUGUCUACUUCAUAUAUGAUGAGGAGGUGGAGGUGGAGGAAAAGGAGCCAGAACCUCCUCCUCCUGUUGUCCGGGUCAACGACAAACCCCACAAGUUCAAGGACCACUACUGCAAAAAACCCAAGUUCUGUGAUGUCUGCGCUCGCAUGAUAGUCUUGAACAACAAGUUUGCUCUGAGGUGUAAAAACUGCAAGACCAACAUCCACCAUUCAUGUCAGUCCUACGUCGAGUUCCAACGGUGUUUUGGCAAAAUUCCACCUGGCUUCAGAAGGGCCUACAGCUCCCCGCUGUACAGCAGUGACCAACCAGAUCCAAACAACCCCAACCGUAACGACCCUGUCUUUGACACCCUGCGGGUCGGUGUCAUCAUGGCAAAUAAGGAGCGCAAAAAGAAUGAAAAUGACAAGAAAAAUAUGAUGAUGGUGAUGGAGGAGGAAGAAGAGGAGAACCAGCAGCCCAAAGAGAAUGAGGAGGGAGGAGAAGGGAAGCCUGAGGACAAGAAGGAGAAAGGAGGAGACAAAGCAGACGACAAGGCUAAGGGUACAUUCUCCCAGACCCACUAUUACCUGGCUCUCUAUCGCUUCAAGGCCAUAGAGAAAGACGACCUCGACUUCCACCCUGGUGAUCGGAUCACAGUAUUGGAUGACUCCAAUGAAGAGUGGUGGAGGGGAAAGAUGGGGGAGAAGUCGGGCUACUUCCCCACCAACUACCUCAUAAAAGUGCGCGCAUCAGAGAGAGUUUUUAAGGUGACGCGCUCCUUUGUUGGAAACAGAGAGAUGGGACAAAUCACACUGAAGAAAGAUCAGAUUGUAGUGAAGAAAGGAGACGAGAAAGGCGGCUACUUAAAGGUCAGCACUGGACGCAAGCUGGGCUACUUCCCUGCUGAUCUGCUGGAGGAGAUCACUGUGACAUAAAACCCACGACAUGCAACCAAAGAGCCUGCAACACACUUUGAACAUCAGCACAAACUGGAGAUGUCAUUGCCAUGGAGAUCGUCCU